UCGUUACGGUAGUUUAUAUUCGCCCGACUGUAAACUCAGUGCUCGGUGUAAUCCCUGGUGUGUGAGAGUGUGUGAUGUAUCAGUGUCGUGUCUGUGUGUGUGUGAGUGUGUGAGAGUGUGUGAGUGGUACAGUCCAGCGAGCGCUCAGCUCAGCGCUGCUCACUGAACACCGCGCAGGGAGGGAGGGUCAACAUGGCGUCCGAGCAGGAAAGCUCGAAUGGGCCAGUGAAGAGGUCUAUGCGGGAGAAGGCCAUUGAGCGAAGGACUGCUAAUAAAGAACACAACAGUAACUUCAAGGCUGGAUAUGUCCCCAUAGAGGAGGAGAGACUGCACAAGACAGGGCUGAGAGGUCGAAAGGGCAACUUUGCUGUGUGCUUCAUCGUCCUGCUCUUCCUGCUCGCUCUCAUUAAUCUCAUUAUAACUCUGGUUAUCUGGACAGUAAUUCGAAUAGGUCCCAAUGGCUGCGACAGCAUGGAGUUCCAUGAGAGUGGUCUGCUGCGUUUCAAACAGAAGGCUGAUAUGGGCAUCGUCCAUCCUCUACAUAAGAGCACUGUGGGAGGGAGGAAGGACCAGGAUCUCGUCAUCACUGGUAACAACAAUCCGGUAGUGUUCCAGCAGGGCGACACCAGGCUCAGCGUCGAGAAAGACAAAACAUCUAUCACCAGUGAUUUAGGCGUUUCAUUCACAGACCCACGCACUCAAACUACAUUCUUCAGCACAGACUUCGACAACCAUGAGUUCCACCUGCCCAAACAGGUCAAGGUCCUCAAUGUGAAGAAAGCCUCCACAGAAAGGAUCACUAGCAACGCAUCCUCUGACCUCAUGAUCAAAGGUGAUGGCAAGGCAAUCAUCCGAGGCAAUGAGGGUGUCUUCAUUAUGGGCAAGACUGUCGAGUUCAGAAUGGGCGGUGAUAUUGAGCUCAGAGCUGAGAACAGCAUUGUCCUGAACGGCUCAGUGAUGUUCAGUCCGUCCCGUAUUCCAAACACCUCUUCAGGGAGUGAGCUGUACUUCGAUGAGGGGCUGGAGCGGUACAAGCUGUGUAUGUGUGCAGACGGGACUCUGUUCAGGGUUCAGGUCAAAUACCACAACAUGGGCUGCCAAACCUCGGACAACCCCUGUGGAGCGGCACCACACUGAGAGAAGGGAGACGCCACUGGAAAUGCUCACACUCACACACAGACACACAAACAUACACACAUCUGUCUAUAUUAUAGAAAAUAUCUAUAAAUAACAGUUACAGAGAUUUGGGCUGUCAGGAUCUAUCCAUCUAUCGCUAACUACAUCCAUAAUUGAAUAAUCUACUGAUUAAUUUUACAAAUAAUGGGAAAUGGUGUAACUGGAUCACAUGAACAAUAACAAACCAUUCAUGACUUUCCAAAAUUCCAAAACAUUGCAUUUGGAAAUAGACAAACUAGGACAUCCUUAAAAAUACACUGCUAUCCAGAAGUUUGGAACCGCUCUCUAAAGGUUUGUGAUAAUAUAAUUCCAGUUUGGUUUCAGAUAAAAAAAGAAAUUGUUCUAAUAUGCUAGUCUUGUGCAGCUCCUCAGAAUUGAAAUAGGUAGUACAAAACUAUAAAUAGAAAUUAAGACACCUUAGAUGUGUCUGGAAUGAUGAAUGGAACUGUAGAAGUUCUAAAAUAACAAAGUUGUCAACAUCAAGAAUAAAGAAUCAAAUUAGUUCAUUAUAUUAAGAAAAAUGAUGAUUAAAUUUCAAGGCAGAUAACCUUAUGUUAAAAGGGUUGAAAUCACUUGACAAAACAUUUUUUUUAUUGUUUUAUUUACAACAGUGUGUAUAUAUAAACACAAUCUUGCAACUUGCCAGCUAAAAAGAAGGUCAAUUUAAAUAAAAGAUUUUUUUGAUAACUGAGGUUAGAUGGGUAAUCGUGACAGCCCUGCAGGAGACAGCUGUGUAUUAAUAGAUUCAUAUACACAGCUAUGCUUACAUGGAACCGUACCUACUAGCAUACCUCAUCAACUUAUGACGUGUGUUCACCUCACACAAUUGGCACAUACACUCGCACACAUUCAUAUAAUAUUCAUAACCAUAAACCUUAUCAUUUAAACACUCCCUCUUUUAUUAUAAUGAUUUGGCCAAAGAACACUCUGACUUUUAUCACUAAAGCCAACAUCCGUAGGAAUAUAUAUUGCUUUUUUUUUGUGGAAUGCGUUAUCAGGGAAGGUCUUUAGAUGUUUUGGAGGUGAGCAAAAGUCCACCUUCCAUGUUGAUGGAAGAUAUGAAAACAAGAAUUUUGUUUUUAAAAGUGCCAUGAAUUAUGCUGAAUAACAAACUUACAAGGUAAAAAGGUCAUUUUUGAUGUCAGAUUGACUUUAAUUCACCUCUGCCAUUUUACAGACUUUGAGCUUCCUGCCCUUUAGCAUCACUUUGUUUUUGUUUUGUUUUUAAUGAAGGAUUUAUGAAGAUUUCUGCUGGAUGUAUUUAUAAGCAGCCUGGGCAGUAUUAUAGAAGUGUUUACCAAGCCUUUGUGGAGUGACUGACAUUAUAACAUGAAAAUAACAGUUUCUCCAAUAUAGAACCUUCAAGACUUUAUACUUCAUCUAACAGGAAUCAGCCCUCCUCCUAAAUCCAAGGCUGUCGUUCUUCUUGUUUGGUCAAAUAAGAGGUGAACAGUAACAAGAUUUACUUUGUCUAGCAAUUUCACCGCAUUCAUAAUGAACACCAUCACUAAGAGUCAAUCCACUUGGGUCUUCCUCAGUGAAAUUUUCAUAUUUUGUUGAGCUAGAGCCUGUGCUGCACCAGGUCUUACAUCUAUUUAUAGCAGUGGUUCCCAGGCUGAUCCUCAGGACCACCCAUGUAGUCCACAUUUUUGCUCUAACACAAUUUGCAGCACAUAGGAAUGAUACAAGAAUGUGGGCCAAUCUGGGAGCCCCUGAGGGCUGGGUUGGGAACCACUGCUUUAUAGGAUCUGUUCCACUGUUUUUAAUGUAUUCACAUAGAUGUAUGUAGGCAGCUAGUCCUGGUAACAGAUGCCUUGGGUAAAUUUGCACCUGAAUAGAAUGGAUUCUGAUUGAGUUCCCAGCCAUUCCAAUCACAUACCACUCUGAAGAUUGCCCUGCUCGUGCAACUGUCCAAGGAGCUUCUUAGAUGUAUAGUUUGCUAGCUUGCAAAGUUUCUCAGCUCUGAAAUGGAUUGUAACCCAUGUGUGAUGUUGAUGUGUUUCUUACUCAGUGGUCUGGUCACCCACUGCAUUAUUGUUUUGUCAAAUCAAUACAGCCAUAACAAUUUAUGUAAAAAUGAGUGGCCAACGUAGGGUUCUCCUUUAGCAGCUGUAGCCAGUCAGCAGCCUGUGCAUGUUGUCCACCCUCAUACACAUGGACACGUUCCCCACGGGCUCACCCCAACACCACAUGUUUAAUAUAAAUGUGUGGGGGUGAACAUGGGUUAUUUUAUAUGUUCUUCACAGAAAACGAGCAAAGGCCAAGGAAUCUGAGGUUAAAAUAAUAAUAAAUCACAAUUUCUUAUUUUGGUAAACAUUUGAAAAUGGGUCCUAUAGACUCCACCACAUGAGGGUUGAAGAGCAUGAAUUUGAAGGUACUUUUGAACAUGCUCUUCAUGGCUGUGAUUGGCUAGAAAAAAAUUAGAGGGCUGAUUCCAUUGCAGUGGCUACAUGAAUCCAGGCAAAAUUAUAUCUUCUGAAUUCAAGACUUGUUGGCAGCUGAAAGAAGCGAUGCAUUAAUGAGAGAAUGAGAUAUAUUACAUAAUCACAGUUAUUGCCAAAAAUAAGCAAAUAUGUUGAUGUAGUAUUUUGUCAGUGUGGAAAUGAUUUGAUCAAGUAAAUUCAGUGCAUCGGUUUUGCAGACUGAACAAAUUUCAGCUCAUUUUCUCAAGGAGCUGCUUAACGGUGCUGAGAUGUGUUGGCAUAAUGUGUAGGCAGACUUUGUCUGGUGUUAGGAAGAAUGGGGUAUUUGCAAUAUCACGUAAGUCUUCUACAAUAUGCAAGAAUGAAACUGUGGAAGCAAUUAUGAUAGUAUUCUGAAUUGGGUUAUAGUAUUUUAAAUCAUCUUGUUACCACUAUUUAACAUUUCAUAUAAUGCUGUGUUAUUGUUUUGACAAUGUUCUUCACAAACCUAUGUGCUUUGUCAUGGCUUCCUUUCUUGCCUGUGCCACAUAACUUGUUGAGCAUCUCCGUCCUACACCUGUUUUGCACCAAAUUUGAAGUCUAUAGUACAUACAUACAGAUAUAUAUAAAAACUGAUGUUACAGGUUCAACUGAAGUGUCUUGCAUUGAAAGUGCCCAGUUACAUGUACGUUUUUCAGAGUGCCAUACGAUUCUUAAAAUAUUUUACGUUUGUGCUGCAAAAACAGGCAUGAAUGCACUACAACUUAAUGAAGUUAUUUUUUCAGCUGAUGCGGACGUGUGUUGUGAUUUGAAUAAUAUCUUUUGAUAAGAUGACUAGAAAGCAUCUAUAUUUAAUUUGCUUGAUAUUUUGUGCAAUAUAAAGCUUAUUCAUAUGUUUGGGUCUCAGUGUUCAUGUGUGGUAUUUAUUUGAUAUACAUGUUUCUGUUUGUUUUGUUCAGCUGCAAAGAGUUCAGAUGACCGUACUGCAUUUUUACUAAUGGCCAUUAACUCUGCAUCAUGUUUGUCGUUUUAUCUUCAUCUGAAAUGGAGAAGUUUGGUCUAUUGGUUUGGUGUUGUAUGUGUAUGUGCACAGACAGGCAAUUGUGCAGCUCCAUUUUUAAACGGAAAAAACAAUUACAUUUUUCAUGACAAUGUUUGCAUUGGAUACAAAUAAAUAAAUAACUGUAAAGAAUAAA